UUGAGGGGGUUUGCUAAAUCCAGCCCAACGGUCGCUGCUAAUCGACUGAGUUGACGAUGAACGCGGCGCUAUAUUGUUCUGUAUGGCUGUCGCUUCGGUUCCUUGGAGCAACGCACUCAGUGUCCGCGGCCGGGGACGCAGACUGCGGCCUCUCUGAGGAACAGAUCCAGCAAGUGAGAGUAAGAGUUUCCAGAGAAAUCCGCAAGUCUGGUUUCCACAGGGAGCUAGUGUUGAGCCUGCGAUGCGGGGCGGCUUUUCCCGACCGCCUACGGCCUUUGCUGGUGCAACGCCUGCCUGCAGGGAUCUACGUGGAUCCGUACCAGCUGGAGUCCCUGCGGCACGACGGGGGAUUACAGCUGCUCUUGGACUCUGAGGUUGACCUGGAGGCUCCUGCCUAUGCAUCCCAUGGUUUUACCGCCUUUGUGUUCCCCACUCGGGAUUUGAGAGACACAAAUUCUUUCUUGGCAACGGUGCCCAUCCAUGGACGGUACCAAAGGCCCUCCGGUUCAGGGCGGAAAUGGGAGCAGCUCCUCAUCGAAGCCCCACGACUUUUGCUUCGGUCCGAUCCGUGUAGGAAGCUUUGUCCCCAUCCUCCAGACAAACUGGUUGAGGCCCCUUGCACCGCACAUAACACAAGCACAUGUUCUUGGCUUGAGAUCCAACACUGGCAGGACCAGCAAGCUGUGAGUCUGGAGCUGCCUGUCGGUGACCAGUCUCUGAUGGUACCUGUGUGUGCUGGAACACUCUUGGUGACAUUGCUGUGCUGUGGCCUCAUUGCCAGGGCUGUGUGGGCACGUGGCUGGGACUGACCAGGGCCUUCACUGUUAUCCUACACCUGAGUGAAGGCAGCAGUCUUAACAGUUCCUCUGUGUCUGAAGCUGUGUAGGUAUCAUGGGGGUCCCUAAGCAGUAACUUUUCUGGGCAGCGCUCAUCUUUGUACCGCUGAACCAUUGUGUCUAAGGAACACAGAACAGCCACAACCGCAUAGUUUAUCUAUGGAGAAUUGUGUUGGCUACUGUGUAGCCACUACAACAACACAGGUGUGAUUUAAAUAGGAAUGAGGAUUUCUUCACAUGAAACAUUUAUAUUUCAUUUGUAAAUAAAGUAUUUUACACUUCUA